UAAUGUACAGCUUCUCUCAGGGAAAUGGUGUAGCGACCGCUUUAAAUGCAUGACUCCGUUUUUUCACCACCAGUCAGAUGAUCACUGAUCUUUAAAAAGCGCAUCUCCUCUGCCGCUCGCGCACAAAAACAGUCUGGUGUCGUGGCGUCGUGUUUGCAGGUUUCUCUGAUGUAAUACGACCCUUUGCUUCUCCAACAUCUCAGUGAGCUGAAAGGAAACCGAAAGCAUUCAUCUUCAUCUAGACUGCAGUCUGCAACACCAUGGAUAAGAAACCACAGCUGGGGGACUUGAUAGAAAUCUAUCGUGGGACAUACCAGCACUGGGGCAUUUAUGUUGGAAAUGGAUACAUCAUUCACUUGGCACCACCCUCUGAGCACGCCCAAGCCGGUGCCUAUAGCAUGAUGUCUGUGCUGUGCGAUAAGGCAUUGGUGAAGAAGGAGCUGCUCGAGGUUGUGGCUGGUGACGACAAGUACAUCAUUAACAACCUACUGGAUGACGAAUAUGAACCACGUCCUGUUUAUGACAUCCUCCAGGAAGCAAAAAGCCUUCUGGGAGAGCAGCAGAACUACUGCGUGUUCAGGGACAAUUGCGAGCACUUUGUAACAAAUUUAAGAUACGGGAAGCCAGAAUCUCGGCAGGUGCGGAGAGCUGUGAACAUUGGGAUAGGCCUGGGUGUAGCCACAUUAGUUGUUGCAGGAGCUGCCGCAUUUAUUUCUAGCUUGGGCAACAAAGAGAAGAAGCGUACCCAAUGAAACACCAGCAGGUCUACAGGAUUGACUGAAAAUCCCUAUGCAUUGAUUUAUUCCAUAUCAAUCUACUGUGCAUUUUUAUAUAUUUUUUCUUGAUGACUGCUACUCCAUAAAAACUAUUUAAGCCAAAAUCAAUUAUACUAUAUUAUGCAAAAAUAAUUAUUAAAAUCCCUUUAAAGGAAAAAUAUAAGAUAUGGUAUAAAACAACUAAAACUGGCACCAUAAUUUAACAGUGUGACGUGUGGCCAAAGCUUUAUUAACCUGUAAGAAAUGUGUCCACCAUUAGAAGUAUAGAAACCUUUUUUUAACAACUGUCAUGAUUAACUUUACAUUCAGUUGCAACUAACAUACAAUGUGUAUUUGUGCUCGGUCUAAAUAAAGUAUAUGUUUAAUUAUA